AAAAUGAGCAAACUUUAUGAAAAUGAAUCAGGAAUACUCGUUUCACACGAAAACUACAUAAACAACGUGUACAAAUCGAUGAAUGGCGAUCCCAACGUGUAUCGGCUGAAUCCAGGCCUUUUUAAUAUAUUUUCCCCAUACAAAAAAAGCAAAUCGAAGAGGAAAAGUGAACACAGUGAAUGUGAAAUCGAAACAAACUUUUAUAAAUUCAUUCGAGACCAAAACGUGCAAGAUUUUUUGGAUAAUUGCGAAAACGAAACCAAUCAAACUGCCAUCGAAGUUGCGGAUAAUAUCCAGAAGAAUUUACCUAAAGAUAUUUUAGAUUUAAUCGGGGGCAACAAAGGACCCUCAACAUCUAGAAGUAUAAAUGAAUCAAAAUAUCUAUUUCCCGAAAACUCCUCGUUCUUUUCGAAAGAUGUAAACGAAAUCGAAAAACAUUUAACUGGUAAAAAAUUCGAUUUUAUCUUACUGGAUCCUCCAUGGUGGAACAAGUACAUUCGUCGCAAAAGAAAAGCUUCUUCAGAUGCCUAUCAGAUGAUGUACAAUUACGAUUUAAAAAAUCUACCUGUAGAACAAUUGUUGAAAAAAGAUGGUUUAAUAGCGGUGUGGUGCACGAAUUCCGAGCAAAAUUACAACGCUUUAUUAACCGAUAUAUUUCCCCAUUGGAAAGUUAAUUUCGUUUCCAAAUGGUAUUGGAUGAAAAUCACCAAAAAAGGAGAACCGAUUUGCAACUUCUCCGACCCUCCAGGUAAACAACCGUUUGAGAGAAUAAUAUUCGCCCACCGCACCAGAUCCGAGCCUCUACCAGAAAAUGGCAAAUUAAUCGUUAGCAUACCAAGCGCUAUACACUCCCACAAACCCCCUCUAGCUGAAGUAUUGCAGCAAUACUUACCAAACGACCCGGAAUGUUUGGAAGUAUUCGCAAGAUACCUCGUUCCAGGUUGGACGAGUUAUGGCAACGAGGCCAUCAAACUCCAGCACGAAAGCUUGUUUGUUCCCCACCAGAAAUAA